UCAAUGUGAAUGGCAAAAACAAUCUGCAAUUUAUUGUUGUUUAAAACGGUAAACACAAAACGUGACCUUGCACUUUAUUACGCAGUGCGCACGACUUGUGGCAACCAGAAAUGAAGGAUUCGCUGGUGCCAUCUAAUGGCGCCAUUGACGAGUCAAGGAUCAAUAGCACCGACUAUCAGAAAGAUGCGCUACUUGGUUAUGUGCUCAACCUGCAGGAUGAACAGCUGGACAGCGCUGUGAUGCAGCUGCCGGGUGUAGCAGAGGAACAGAAUCAUAUUAAUAAGAGUGAUGGCGACUAUCACCAAUUGUCGCUCAACUGCAUUGAUUUAUUGCCCGCUGAUGCGCCGUCAUCGGAAUUCUCUGAAUGCUAUCAAUUCGAUGCAGACGCCGCUGCCGCUGCCUCCGAGUUGGUUAACGUAGCUAACAAGGACUGCGACUCAUUGGCUAAAUUGGCCUACAAUCUAUAUCGGUUGGCAAAGGACGAUCACAUCGUUAUCGACCGUAAGCGAAACGAGGUCGUCCGGACGGAUGCCAUGACUAACCAAAAGACCAUCUAUCGUUGCAUGGAUCCCGUUGGCAUGGGCAUGCAGCCGGCUAGUAACAGUCGUUCCACGGCGAUAUCUACGUCAACAUCCACCAAAGCAAACGGCUCACGAAAACGCAGGGCUCCAACUGUUGCAGCAACCUCGAAAAGAACGACAGCGAUUGCUGCGCCGAGUGGAGCUACAAGUAGUACUGUGAGCGAACCAACUCCUGCUGCAGAUGCAGAUUCAAUUUUGCGCACGCGAUCUGGGCGCAUAAUUCGUGCAGCCUUGCCUCAGCCGGCCACAGCAGGCACAGGAGAAACGUUGGAUUUGCUUGUGGCCGAUUUGCGUGACAGAGAUUAUCGUGCACCAGUUACAGCGGUUGCUGCACCGUCUAUGGCAACAGUUGACUUUUCGGUGCCCAAGGAGCGUGCCGUGCCACAGAGCGCAAUUUGUCCGGGCUGCAAUAAGAUAUUUCUGGGUCGUCGCUUGCAGCGUCAUUACGUCAAGUAUCCCGACCAUAUGCCCAGUGUGAUCGCUCAUCAGGAACAGCAACAUCAGCAGCAGCAGCAGCAAGAGCAACAGCAACAGCAACAGCAGCAGCAACAGCAGCAGCAGCAGCAGCAGCAGCAACAGCAACAGCAGCAGUUGCAGCUACAACAGCAGCAACUACAACAGCAGCAACUACACCAACAGCAACAAUUGUCGCAAAGCAAUGUGCCCACACUGUUCGGUCUUUUGACCGGUCAGCUGCAGAGACACGCCCAUCUCAGCGAGGAGCAACGUGCCGAUCUCUUCCUGCAUGAGCUGAACGACUUUGUAGAGCAGCUGCAGUUGCGCAGCACUCGACUCAUCCGGAACACGUCGGGCUCGCACUUUGUGAACGCGCGCAUAGCACGUGUGCUGGGCAUACCCGAGGGUCAGUAUGCGCUGGAUAUGUCGGCAAUGGAAUCGGCGCAGGCGCCCACACCGGAGCCGGAGACGCAUGUGAGCGCUGUGGCCAGUGCACGCAAUCUGGUCGAAUAUCCAGGGCUCAGCAUGUCCUUAGAUGAUACGCUGACCGACGAGGCGGCUCAACGAUUGAAUUUGUCCGCUGGCGGCAAAUUGUUGCCCCCGUCCGAGGAGAGUCUGUUGCGUAACGUUGGCGAUGAUCUGAUGCCGCCCCCGGUGGCCGUGGCCCCACCCGCCGUCGGCCAUGUGGCUGGUGCAAUGCUGCCGCACUAUGAUCAUGCCAGCGACAAUGCCGUCGAGGCGCUCAGCAUGAAAGAGACGCCCAAUGCGGCUAUAUUGGAUCUCAAUGUGGACUUCUUUCAAUUCAACAACAAUUAGUCAAGCGCAAAUAUAUAUGCCUAUAUAUUCGCGAAUGACUUUAUUUUAACAUAUAGUAUUUAGAGACUUGUCUGAAUGUGAAUAGCAUAAACAAUUAGAUAUAAAGUGAAUCUUUGCAUGAAAUGUACCUCAAAUCUCUAAACUCUAGAGAGCAAAUAUUAGACUCAAGGAAAAGUUUGUGUAAUCUAGCAAAUGACUAAACAAUUGUGAGAAGCUUUAUGGAAACCCUUAUGAAAACUUCUAUGAAGAUUGUAUUGUAUAUAAAUAUAGAAAUAUUUUGAAGACAA